GCGCUUGUCUUUCUAACCGUCUGUACAACUCUCUGGUUGAGCAGGGCGCUGACAGGAGCCUCACCCGCAGGAAACAAUUGUCAACGAAUAUUCAGCUUCCUUCAUCAUGUUUAUGUUACAGGUCUUCACAGAAACGUAUAAAAGCUGCAUGCAUCCGUUUUCGCUGAUUGGCUCAUAGAAAGGAACCCAGAUCAUGCUGACUGAUGAUAUCCCAGACUGUUCUGUUUGAUUCACCGUCACCAUGGCGACCGUGGUAAUGGAGCAGAUUGGCCGUUUGUUCAUAAACGUGCAACAACUGCGUCAGAUUCCCCAGCUGCUUGAGUCUGCAUUUCCCACGUUACCAUGCACUGUGAGCAUCAGUGACGUGCCUCACGUCUUCAGGGAAACGCACAUCCUUACAGGCUACCGGCCACCUGAUCACAGCUGGCGCUAUUACUUCCUCUCACUCUUCCAGCGGCAUAACGAGACAAUAAAUGUGUGGACACACUUGCUAGCCUCGCUAGUCAUACUCGCCAAGUUCCGGGAAGUGUCAGAGACUGUGGACUUCCUGCGUGACCCACAUGCACAGCCGCUCUUCAUUGGUCUCCUAACUGCGUUCACCUAUCUGGCCUGCAGCACUCUCGCCCACCUGCUGUCUGCCAAGUCUGAGCUCUCCAAUUACACUUUCUACUUCCUGGACUACGUGGGUGUCGCUGUGUACCAAUACGGCAGCGCACUGGUGCAUUUCUACUAUGCGGUGGAAGAACCAUGGCAUGCUUAUAUUCGAAGCUUCUUCUUGCCCACUGCUGCCUUUAUGGCAUGGCUCUCGUGCGCUGGUUGCUGCUAUGGCAAGUAUGCCAGUCAGAGUCUACAGAGGUACGGCCACAAGUUCUGUCAGAUGGUACCCUCAGCCCUGGCCUACUGCUUAGAUAUCAGCCCUGUGGUGCAUCGCAUUUAUACAUGCUACAGUUCACAGCAAGCUUGCACUGACCCAGCAAUAAAUUUCCACGUUUAUCAAAUCCUCUUCUUUCUGGUCAGUGCCUUCUUCUUCUCUUACCCUCAUCCAGAGUGCUGGUUCCCUGGCCGCUGCGACUUUAUUGGCCAGGGCCACCAGAUCUUUCACAUGUUUCUUGUGUUGUGCACACUGAUGCAGAUUGAGGCUGUGCGCAUGGACUACACUGAGCGCAGACCCUUGUACGAGCGCCUGCACGGUGAUUUGGCUCAUGAUGCUGCGGCUCUCUUUGUCUUCACAACCUGCUGCAGUGCCCUCACAGCCUUCUACGUGCGGAAGCGAGUGAAAACCUACCUUGAAGAAAAACAAGAAUAACUUUCUACAAUUAAAAAGCAGGAGUGAGGAGAUUUGGGAAGGCAAGAAUCAAGUAGGAGACUUUGAGCAACUGAUCGCACUAAUAUAAUAAGUAGAUUGAAAAUGGUGGACUUGCUGUCAUUUAAUGACCUUUGUGUGGGUGGGGAAGUGACUUGAAGGUUGAGCCUUGUGUUUGUCUGUUGGAGUAUACCAACAAACAACCGAACAAACUUCGUAUUUUUAAUCAGUGAUUUACCAUUUAUAACAUUUAUAGAUUAAUACUCACAUGAAGACAGAAAACUAAAGUAUACAAGUUGAGAGAUUUUACUUUGAUCAAAUCUACUCUAAAAUGCUUCUGAAAGCCCAGUUGCAUGAAAGUGUGAUCUGUUUUGUGGGUGCAAAGGCACUGUAGACUGAAUUGCAAUGUUGACAAACAAAAAUCCUGACCUCAGCUCAGAUGGUGUACUAUGCAUAUUUUAUUGUGAGUAAUGCGUUCACAUUGUGAAACCUGAGAUGUAGUGAACUAGUAAUACUUUGAUGGACUAAAACCGUGGGAAAGAGUGUGCACACUUUCUGCACUAAACCGCCACUUCCCAGAGCCGCCAGGGGGUGCUGUAGUGUAUAUUUUACUGAGUGAGUACAUUGCUAGACACAAAUUUAAACAACAAACAUGCUUCCUUUUGCUGUUCUGGUGUAGUUCAGUGAUGUGAGGUCCUGCAUGGUAAAGACAACCCUUAUUGACACAAUUACAGUAAAAUAAUUUUUUUUCUUGUUAGGAAGCCAGGGAAAGAGUGCAGGAUCAGUAAUUGAUAAAACACCUCUGAAGCAGGCAUGGUUCAAGGGCCAGCAGUAGGAGCUUACCAGUGCUGCCGUGCCUUCUCAUCAGCUGACCUGAACCUUAAUCAUCACUGCCUUCAUAAGUUAGUGUUUGAUCUGAGAUGUUACAAACACACAUAUACAAAUUAGGUACUUCUUUCAUAGCGUGUAAUAGAGAUGUGUGCAUGAGUUGUUGUUUUUUCCUAUCCAGCAUAAAUUUUAAGAAAAUCCUGUCCUGCUCACGCAGGACGUUUGGCAUUUGACCAAUCCCUGCAGUAGCAACCUGCUAUGGUUAGUUAAUGGACAUAGUUGGAUAAGUUUCCCUAAAUACUUAAAAAAUAUUCAAGGAAACCGCUGCACCACUGCAGAAAAUGAAUGAAUGAAAAUGGAGAAUGCUUUAUACACUGCCGCAUGAGCACUCAGUAUGCUCUCGGUCAAUGAAUGAGGCCUUUAUCUAGUGUGCUUCACAUGACUAGGCUCCAAUCCGUGUGAAAAUAAAAGCUCCCAUGACACUUGAUUUUUUGGGAUCCCAGUUCAGAUGCACAUCUCUAUACAUUGUAUAUGUAUUGCAUAGUACGCCAUUUGAGACACAGCUCUACUCUCAAAAAUUGCCAAUUUGUUGCACACCAUCCAUGUUUGUUUUUUAUUUUAAAACAUUCUCAGUCUGAUGCUCUUUAUCACAUGUAUAUAGCAUCAGGUAGCAGCAUGAGAGGAAAUGGGUUUGACUCAAAUACAAUUUCUUUAUUGGUGCUUUAAAGGGCAUUUAGUGCAUGGCUGCCAAAAGUGACAUUUUUAUCAGUUUUUACAUCCUAAAAAAAAUUGGGAGAAAAUAAUGAUACCAGUUUUGCUUUGAGGAUUAUACUGUAUAUAUGUAAGCUGACUGGUGACUUUAAUAACCAACUGAUGCUUAUGAGCAUCUCCAAACCUGAAAAUGUUCCAUGAUUGUGUGAAUGCAAUCUCUGGGUGUCGUGUGUGCCUCUAAAUACUGCCAUUUGGUGUUGCCCUGAAGAAAUGAAAUCAAUAUGCCUGUUCUUAUCAAGUCACAUGUGCCAAUAUGCUUUAUUGUCAUGCUUCUGGUUGAAAGAUUUUUACUUUGCACUGCAGUAAAACCAGAUCUCUGACAUUUAUUUUGAGAUUGGAAAGAUGUGUAGAGACAAAUAUUAUAUGAAGUUAAAUGUGCACCCAAUGUUGACUGAAUUGAUUUGGUAUGGAUGUUUACUUUAUGAUGUCAAUUAUUAACAUUUGUUUAUGGGGGCUUUAGAGAAACAGCUCGCAUGCCCUUGAUUAUGUAAUUGUAAGUGAUGCCUGCUUUUGUCAUCAAGAUGUUAUUUUAGAACCCAAAGGGCUACAGUGUUGAAGUUUGCCUUUUAGCACUUCAUGAUGUCAAUGCCAUUGUGCAUAUUGUUUCCUGGGUGAAGUGUUUAGUGUUACAGUGUGUGAUAAUGUGCUAUGUGCAUGCAUCUAUGUGGGCCAGUGAACAUAUAGAUGUUGUGAGCAUGUGCAGUUUCUAGUCAAUACACUACUUGACUGCUCGUGAUAAAUGCAGUGUGAGAGUACAUAAUGUUUAGCAGCGUAUGAGGGACCUACCUUAUGUCUUCAUUCAUUGACUUUACAUUUUAUUACAUUACACUAGCUUGCACUUUGUAGAAUGUGGACAUGCCAUUGACUGAAGUGUUUUUCAGCCUGCCUUUACUGUCACUGGCAAGGGACCAUAACAGGACCACUAGACUUUCCUAGAGUAGACUAAAUGUUAUUUGGGUGCUAGAUUAUUCUGAGCACAGCAGAGACACUGACAUAUUGGUGGCACUAAUAUGAGUGUAUCAGGUGCAUUAGCGUCGUGACGUGAAAAGGCUUGAGUCAGUAAUCGCUCCUCAACACCUGUGUGCAGGUCUACAAGUGCAUGUAGAUAAUAAAAUGGCCAUUGAGUGUAGUUACAGGGUAGUUGUGCUUAAUAAACAGGUGUCAUCUGUGUUAGAAUGUAUUUUUUCCUUCAUUAGAUUUAGUUUCAGCACACAUUCUGCACAUGGCAUUAAACUGAUUUUAUUAUUUCUUUUUUUUCUGAUAGAUAACAUGUUACCUGAUGUUGGCUUAGUUCCCCAAAAGAUUUGUAGCACCGACAAGUGCAAGACAAAGCAUCAGUCUGAACACCCUAUAACAGAGGGGUACAACUCUGCAGUGCUUUUAGGAAUGUGUGUCUUUGGUAUACUGUAUGAAGUGUGUUUAAUGUAGCCAAUGUGCACCAGCAGCGCACAAUAAGUAUGAUGUCACUGAUAGAUGGAUUCAUGGACUGAUGAUAUCAUUGACCAUCUCAUGAAGUCUAAUGAAGUGACUGACUGUUGGACCAAAGAUGGUUUGUGUGUUAAAAAUUUGUGCCAUAAAAUGAUUGCAGCCUCUUCCUUAUUAACUGAAAUGUCUGGUUUACCAGGCCAUAUGGGACUAAUUUGUAAUAUGUAUUAUUAACAGAAAAAAGUGCAUGUUGCUAUCACAAAAACAACUCAUUUAAGUUUUUUAACAGCAGCAUCUUUAGCCUGUGUGUGUGUGUGUGUGUGAAAGAAGCUAUGUAUUUCAAAAUACUUUGUUAAAUGUCAAAAGGAAGAUGUUAAGUGGAAGCAAAAAGCUGGCACCAUGUCAGUAUGGAUACCACAUCGAUGAGGUCAACGCCAGGCACGAACAAGCUUGAACAGCCUGUCAGAAUCUAGCUUCAAGAGAAAAACUCACUACCUAUGAAUGACACAACUAAACUGUGAACUCGAUUUUACAUUUAAUCUGGCUCAGGAAAGAAACUGAGCAGAUUUUUAAAUGUUUUAAUACAUUUAGUUAAUAAAUUCAAUUCAUGGGUUUGUGUUAUGGUCAGAACCAGACAUACAUCAUGGGAAAGGUUUAUCUCACUGGGGUUUGCGCUGUUCAGUUCUCUGGAAGUUCAGUGGUAAACUCUGCUCUCACGCUGACUAACACUCUUAUGUCAUACUGCAGAGACAUAAGGGGGAGUUCAGUUGUCUGGGAUCUGUUUAAAACAGCAACAAAACCAACAAUGUAUAAAAUGACUCUUGUUGCAUUGUGGAAUUAAAAUAAAUAAACGUGCUGUUCUGUCC